CCCCUGUCCCCCAAACUCUGCAUAUGGAUCUCACUCAUAAAACUUAACACAACACAUAGAAGUAGAGAUCCACAGAGACCAUUAUAGUUUCCAUUACAACCAACAAAAUUCUUAUUGAAACCAUUACAUUUAUAUGAUGGUUUAUGUUGUUUAUAAUAUCAGCUGAAAUAUUUGCUUUUAAUUAUGCAUUUUAUUCUGUCUUGUUAAAGGUUAUCAGACUGAACUGAGUCUAGUGUAGUGUAGUCUAGUCGUGUCCUGUCGAGCCUUGCUAUUCUUUAUUUUGUCACCUGCCCUAUUUGGUCCUAGACGUCCCUCUCCUUGACCCUCCAUGCCCUCUCUCCUGCUCCCCUGCUGGUAUGGCGACUUUUUCCCUAAUACUCCUGCCCUAGUCAUUCUACUUAUGCCUCCUGAAUAAAUCCAUUUUCAGUAAUGGUUGCCAAUCUUGUAGUGGGAUUUGCCCUCAGCUCCCUUUAAACGGGUUCCAUGGUAGAAGAAUGUCCAAAAGUUUACAUAAACAUUUUUAAAUGUAUGGCAUUGACUUCCUCACCAUCACUGAAUGUUUGUAUCUAGUUGUAAUAGUUGUUUAUGAGUCUUUUAAAUGUAUCUCAAUAUCAUACAGUCACUGGUGAACAGGGUUCAAAUAUGCAGAAAAGGUUGAAAAGCAAAGAUUCUGCAAGACCUCUAGGAUUUGUCAUAUCUGCGUAGAGAUUUUUGAGUCAGAACACAAGCAUGGUUAAUGAAUGGUCAACAUUCAACAUUGUUUGUCUGACUCUACCAGAAAUCGUGAGUAAUUGGUUCUUGUAUAAACCACUGGACUGGAUGGGAUGACACACAUAGAUUAACAGACAGGUCAUCCAGUUUUUAUAUCCUAAACCCUUUGAUCGAAUGUAGCAUCUCUCAGACAAACAUUGCAUAAUCAGGUGUGUAAAAGAGGAAAGAAGUCAGUACAGCUUAAAUUGUGACAUGACCUGUGUGAGAAACAUCACAUUAACCUAUGAGUUUUAUUCCAGAAAGUUCUUAUUGUUAGAGGUCAAACCCUGAAACCCAUAGAAGUGUACGUAGGAAAGUUAUGGCAUUUGGUUCACAGGUAGACGACAGUCCGAAAUGUUACCAGACCAAAUUUAUGACAAAGGUAUAUGUGUGUGUCAGAGUUCAAGUGCAUAUAUUAACAUAGAUUGACUAAUUUAGAAAAUAUCACAUUAUUUACGAAUGUAUGUUUACUUCAUUGUAUGUAUAAGCAAUAAUAUAGGUGCAAAUAUGUUACACUUUUGUAGCUAUGGCUUUGGGAGAUAUUUUUGUUGUCUUGUUGAACAAGCUAAAGAAGUUUAAUCAUUCAUCAAAGUGUGUCCUAUAUCUAAAUGCUGACAUGAUCGUACCAGCCCUCUGUCUUAUUGUUUAUUUAUUUUGCAGAAUAACUCCUCCUAGAUUUACACAAGGUCCCUCCCUCCUCUACCUGCUAUAAGUGUGUAAAUGCAGCAGGUACACGUGCAGAGAUUCCUGUGCAGCACACGCACUCAGAUUUAAAAUGGCUGUUUUUGAGACACUUCUGCAGUUUUCCAGCAGUGGUACAUUACUGGCUGCCUUGCUUGUGCUUUUGGUUUUAUAUGUGCUUUCAUCCAACUCCAAAUCUCACAAAGAAGGAAAAGAUCCACCAGGACCCAAACCACUUCCACUGCUGGGAAACCUGCUGACGCUGGACCUCGAAAGACCUUUUGAUUCUCUCUGUGAGCUUUCCAAAACAUAUGGAAACGUAUUCCAAGUGUUUUUUGGUCCCAGUAAAAUUGUGGUCUUGACCGGAUACAAAACAGUUAAAGAGGCGCUCGUAACCCGAGCAGAAGAGUUUGGGGAUCGAGAUAUUCAACCUAUUUUCAAACUACUUAAUAAAGGACAGGGGAUCAUCUCUGCCAAUGGAGAGAGCUGGAAGGAGAUGAGACGCUUCGCUCUGACUAACCUGCGUGACUUUGGGAUGGGCAAGAGAGGAUGUGAAGACAAAAUCCUAGAGGAAAUUCAGUAUCUCAAAAAAGAGUUUGAAAAGUUUCAAGGGAAAGCCUUCGAUACAACUCAACCCGUGAACUACGCUGUAUCAAACAUCAUCUCAUCUAUUGUGUAUGGCAGCAGAUUUGAAUACACAGAUCCUCGCUUCACAGAAAUGGUUGACAGGGCAAAUGAAAACCUUCGGAUUGGUGGAUCUGUUUCUAUUCUGCUGUAUAACACAUUUCCAUGGCUGGGUCCAUUCCUGAACAGCAAAAAGGCUAUGGUGAAAAAUGCUCAAAAAAACAUAGAGUCAAUAAAACAGUUGAUCUCUGAGCUGUUAGAGACCCUGAAUCCACAGGACAGCAGAGGAUUUGUUGACUCCUUUCUCAUCCGAAAACAGAACGACGAGAAAUCCAACAAGAAGGACUCACAUUUCCACCAGGACAAUCUUAUCAUCUCUGUGGUAAAUCUUUUUGUUGCUGGUACUGACACUACAGGAACAACACUGCGCUGGGCUCUGAUGAUUAUGGCCAAAUACCCUCAUAUCCAAGAUCGAGUUCAAGAGGAGAUUGACAGAGUGAUCGGUGGACGUCAGCCUAUAGUGGAUGACAGAAAGAAUUUACCUUACACUGAUGCUGUGAUCCAUGAAGUACAGAGACUGGCCAACAUAGUGCCCAUGAAUGUACCUCAUACGACCAGCUGUGAUGUGAACUUCAAUGGAUAUUUCAUCAAGAAGGGUACUACUGUAAUUCCUCUGUUGACGUCUGUAUUAAGGGAUGAAAGUGUUUGGAAGAAACCACACAGCUUUUAUCCAGAACACUUUCUUGAUGAGAAGGGCCAGUUUGUUAAGAACGAAGCUUUCAUGCCAUUUUCUGCAGGCCGCAGGAUUUGUCUAGGAGAGAGUUUGGCCAGGAUGGAGCUCUUUCUGUUCUUCACCUCCCUUCUUCAAACCUUUCGUUUCACUCCUCCACCCGGAGUGUCUGGAGAUAAACUGGAUCUCAAGGGAGUCGUUGGAAUCACAUUGAAUCCAUCACCACACAAACUGUGUGCCGUCAAAUGGUCUUGAAUAUUGAUGUGCAUAGGGAUAAACAGAUUUUAGCACUAAUUUUACAAAACACACAAAAUGUAAAUAUGUAUUGUAAAUAAUGAAGGAAAUUAUUACCCAACAAUGUGCAAUGCUACUUUUAUUGUAUCAUAAAGGUUGCUUUGAGUA